GAACAACUGCUGCAGUCUGAACCAACGGAAAGGAACCUCGUUAAAAUAGAAACAAUGAACAUCAGUCAAUCAAUUCGAUCACAUUGAACACCACGUGGGCGCCAUCAUUCAUCACCAACUGAAGGAAAGAAAGGAAAGAAAAGGCAAAAGCAAAAGCAGGAGAAGAAAAGGAAAAGGAAAAGGAAAAGGAAAAAAGGAACGAAGCCCAGCUAGGAAGGAUAGAGCUGCAAGUACCGUACUUACUACCUGGCACCUACCUGCCUUGCUUGGCUGGAAUUGGACGUGAUCGCACCUCGUUGUGCAACCUCCCUAUCCUAAGGUUCCCAAUUGGCAAACAAACAAUCUCUCGAACAAACAACCUUAAUAUUCACGUGAUACAAGUCGCAACACCACGCUUGACAAUAGCUCAACUGCAUGAGAAAUUGUCCAUUGGCCGAAAGUCGAAAGUUACGACCAUCAUGAAAAAGAGAGCAUCGAGUGAUUAGUAGACUCCAACAACCCCUUAUCAACUUCAUCUUCCAUCAAGUAUUGAUUCUUUCGCAAUCGCAUAUUUCCUCUGCAAUCCCUCAAGAUGUUUACUACGAAGGGUCUUUUCUCGCAAACCAAAUGCCCGAAUCGGGAUAAAUGUUUGAUUCCAAGAUGCAUAUUUUCGCAUGAUCAUCGCGUCGUUCAAGCAGUAUCAAAUGGGAUAGCACAAGUCAAAGCUACUCAACAAGUCGAUGGAAGCGGUGGUGACCAAGACGGUCAACGAAAGCGCCAAAAGAUUGGUUAUGAAGAAAGAAGCACAACACCAAUAGCUGAGCCUCCGCCUUCACUUCUGACCUUAAAACCGACCAUUACUACACAGAAAGCAAUUGAUAACAAAGCCACUUCAACACAAACAUCGAAAUCCACGUUGGUAGCUCGACGUGAGAUUUCACCACCUCCACUGCGCCGAAAAUCCCAAAAUGGUGCAUCUACAGCAUCUGCGUCAUCUAUACCAGCCGGUUCAAAUAAUAUAACACCCCAAAAGCAAAACGCGCCAGCAGCAAUCAAGGCUCCGAACGUGGUAUCAACUCCGGUCAAGAAGCCCGAGAAGAAAGAACCUCUCAACCCACGUGCACGCAAAACUGCACCAGCUGUUCACAACAUCCGGCUCAGACUUGUUCAAGCUCUACAUGAUCAGUUGAAGCGUCUCAAUUCUGAACUAUCUAAUGAUGCAAACGAUGAAGAAAAGGAACUAGUAUUUUCAGAUCAAGGAUUGAUUACAAGGGCAUUAGAUUUGGAGGAAGCUGCUUGUGAAACACCCACCAUCUACUCCAACGUCGUCAAGAAUAAAAUCAUGGUCUACAAGAGAAUGACUGUUGCGCAAUGGAAAGACGAGAGAGCCAGAGAGAUUGCCAAGGACAAAGCCUCGAGAGCCCCUCUUUCAGAUACGCCAGCCAAGAAACCUGAAGGACCGCCAAAACCAAUCGAGACAGGUCUAACUCCAGAAGAAGAACUAGCUAUACUCCCAAGACUCUAUACUCCUAUAACAGAGUUAUCACAGCACGGAUAUGUCACCAAUGUUCCCACGCCUGCAGAAAUCGAAAAGGCAAAGAGCGGCAUAGAAGCAUCAAAAGGCUGGGAAGUUUGUGAUCGUUGCAAAACACGCUUUCAAGUAUUUCCGGGUCGUCGCGAAGAAGAUGGCAUACUCGCAUCUGGUGGUUGCUGCACCUAUCACUUCGGAAAGCACUAUUGGAAAGACCGUUCUUCACUUGACCCCAAAGCCAAACGUGAGAAGAAAUGGCGAUGCUGUGAUCAAAUUAUCGGGGAGACAUCUGGAUGUACCACUGCCGAUCACCACGUCUUCAAAGUGACCGAAGUCAAGCGUUUAGCCGCAGUAUUGAAUUUCGCAAAGACCCCCGAAGAUGAAGCAGACCCACCCGCUCCUACUCAACCCGUCUGCAUCGAUUGCGAAAUGGGCUACACAGUCCAUGGCCUCGAACUCCUCCGCUUGACUGCCACCUCCUGGCCUUCCGGCUCUCCCCUUCUCGACGUGCUCGUCCGUCCUUAUGGCGAAAUCCUCGAUCUCAACUCUCGAUAUUCAGGCGUCUACCCACAAGAUAUCACAUCCGCCAUCCCCUACUCUUUUCCCGGCUCUGAGCAAAUCGCUCAAAACAAAGGCAAACUCCGCAUCGUAGACUCACCCGCCAUAGCCCGCACUCUUCUCUUCUCCUUCCUCACUCCUUCGACUCCGAUCAUCGGCCACGGUCUAGAAAAUGAUUUAAAUGCCACCCGAUUCAUUCAUCCAACUAUCAUAGACACAGCUUUAUUGUUCCCUCACAAAGCAGGAUUGCCCUAUCGAAAUGGCCUUAAAAUGUUAAUGCAAACUUUACUGAAUAGGAAUAUCCAAAUGAUCACCUUUACAGAUGGAAAAGCCGAUGGUCACGACAGUAAAGAAGAUGCAAAUGCGGCAGGCGACCUCGUCAGAUUCCGAGUCGGCAAAGAGUGGGAGAAGAUGCAGAGAGCGGGAUGGAAGUUGAAGAAUGGAAUCUUCGAACCCCCAGAAAAUAACACUGAUGCGAAGAGUGGAAAGGAAUUUGAGGAAAACAAUGGAAAUUGCGAGGGAGGUGAUAAAUUAGAUGCAGAGCAUAUCAACGAAGAGAGAAUCGUGGUAGAUGUAUCUGCGGGUUCGAAGAGACGUAGAGAGGAGAUGGAGGAAUGAGAUGAGGUGAAGGAUACAUUAUCGCCGAGGACCAGUAAAUUUCCACCUAUCUAUCUAUCUUCUUUGCAAAUUCUUCGGCAUGGAUAGAAAACAAGGCGAUUUGGACAUCAAAAUAUAGUUAUCUGAAGAAUGAUUACAUGGUACUUCUUCAAUCAUCUUCUUCGGGAUAUUUCUUCAUAGCUUGUAUGUAUUUACUUUACCUAGAUAUCGACUACUUGCUUGCUUGCUUGCACAAUACAUACAUACACACUCA